UACAUAGAGCCUUUUUCCUUUGUUUGCCUUAUUUGUUACCAUGUCUGCAAUAUUGAUUAUCGAACUCUAUGCCAGGGCAAUGUGUAUAGUAUGCCAGCAGCAGCUCAUGCACUCAGCAGUUAAACAUUUCAGUAUCAAUGAAUGGCUAAAAAUGUAUGACUCAAACAGCCAGACUCAAGAAAGCUUAAACACUUCUAAGUCUUCAAACUCCUCCUCGUCCAAGAUCAUAAGCCUUGAAAACAGUUAUGAAAAAAUUAGAACUGUCGGGAAAGGCGCAUUCGGUACUGCUAUUCUAUAUCGUAGAAUUUCUGAUUCAAAACUGGUGAUACUGAAAGAGAUAGACAUGACAGAACUGAAUGCUGCCGAGAGACAAAUGGCACUGAAUGAGGUUGAGGUUUUGUCAGUUUUACACCAUCCAAAUAUUAUUAGUUACCUCGGUAGCUUUGAGAUAAAUGGUAUGCUCAUUAUCGAAAUGGAAUACGCAGAUGGUGGUACACUAUCGCAGUUCAUAAUCAAAUCGAAGAAUCCAAUCAACGAGUUGGAAAUCUGGAACUUAUACAAGCAAAUAGUCGCAGCUAUACAGUACAUGCACGAACACAAUAUUCUUCACAGAGAUUUAAAAACUGCCAAUGUCUUCCUGACAAAGGAAUUGGAUAUUAAAGUUGGGGAUUUUGGAAUUUCAAAAGUUAUGAAUACUAAAUCUCAGGCACAAACUGUUUUGGGCACUCCGUAUUAUAUCAGCCCUGAAAUGUGUGAGGGUAAACAGUAUGAUGAAAAGUCAGAUAUGUGGGCCCUUGGAUGCAUUCUCUACGAGCUGGCAUGCAGGGAAAAAACUUUUCAAGGUUCAAAUCUUCCCGCCCUUGUGAAUAAAAUUAUGAAGGGUAGCUAUGAACCGUUACCGACUGUUUAUUCUUCUGGCAUGAAACUUCUUGUUAGUGACUUAUUGCAAAAAGAUCCGGCUCUUCGGCCACCUGCUUCUGUUGUUCUGGCUCGAGUCAAUCUCCUUUAUGAAAAGAUGAAAAAGAAAUUUGCUAAUUCCAAUCAUUUCAACAACUACAAAAAUUCGCAAAAUGUUAGGUCUGUUUUGUAUAAUAUCAGUGGUCAUCAACACUCUUUUUCCAUGAAGCCAAUUGAUUUACCUCCAAAAGCACAAAUACUUAGUGUCGCAAUUGGUGCCACACACUAUGUAGCACUAACUUCUGAUAUGCUGGUAUACACCUGGGGAGAAGGAAAACGAGGACAGCUCGGUUUAGAAGGAAGUCCUGAUUGGAUAGAUGAGCCGAAGCUUGUCGAAUGUCUUGUCAGCAAAUCCAUCCAUAUAAUUGCCGCUGGAAAUGGAUUUAGUGUCUUUGUCAGCGACUCAGGUAUGAUUCUCACAUGCGGUGAUGGCAGUUUUGGCACAUUAGGCCAUGGAGACUGGGAGACUCAAGAAUGUCCUAAAUUAAUUGGUUUUUGUUUUUUUGUAGAAAAACUUUUAAAUGUUGACAUUGUCCAUGUAAGUAGUGGAGAGUCGCAUGUAGUGAUUUUAACAAGAGAUGGCGAAUUGUACACUUGGGGAAUGCUUCCAUCUGGAAAUAACAUAUGUUCUCCAGGCUUAAUAGAAAUUCCAAACAAGGCAGUUCCUAAAUCAGUAGUCGCUGGUCCAGAUGCAAUUGCUAUGAUAACUAACUCGGGUAGUUUGUUUGUAUGUGGAAACAAUACAUAUAACAAACUAGGACUGGAUCUAAUUCUUCUAAAUUAUGAGAGUAAAGUUCGAAAAGUUGAAAAGUUAACGCAUGUGAAAGCUUUGAAAAAGUGGUUUGUCAUUGGAGUCUCAAUUGGUCGAAAUCAUUCAGUAGUGCUCACAAAAGAUGGAUAUGUCAUAACGAUGGGGAGCAACUUGGAAGCGCAACUGGGCCAUAAUCAGAAAUCACCUUCAAUCGUCUCAUCUGUCACAGACAGAGUUGUUACUAUGGUGACAUGUGGGCCGACAUAUACGAUUAUUGGUACUGAGGAAAAUGCGAUAUACUUUUGGGGGACCAGGUUUACCCAAAUUAUUGAACGAUCCAAUGACUCAGCUCGGAUAUCCAUGUCUACACUCGAAUCUCAAGUUGUUAAAGACCCUCAGGAAGUAUUGAUGUUGUAUGCUUCACCAGAACAAAUAUCUAAAGGGCAAAUAGUAAAAUUAAAUUCUAUCUGUGCCCUCUGGCACUGCAUAUUUGUCCUUGUAGACACAACUGCACCAUUGAGUAUGUCUGAACCAAUAAACCCUGAACCGCCGGUGAAAGAAGAAAAACAAGCAGACUUUGAUACUUCUGGACCGGUGCCUGAUUGGAUAAAAAAGGAACUUUCUCAAGCCACGCAUGAGUGGGUAGGAGGAAACAAUACAUCGUAUAAACAAUAUCUAACAAGUUAUUAAAAAUAACAAUAAUGAAAAUUUUACUAACUCCAAUAUAUUUAUAUAUUUGUUC